CUUCCUUAUAUUUUAUGUGUUUUAUUUUUAAAAGUUGCCUUUUAGCAUGGAGGAGACGUUUUACAACAAUAUCCCUGAUAAUACUUUGAUUUGAUUUAUGAUUUCUCUUUUUAUUUCAAGGCAAAAGAAAACGUCAAUUUUCAUUCAUCCAAACUAAAUCAUGUAAAUAUAUGUAUUGUUAGGGUUUGAAUUGAAGUUAUAAAAUCAGUUUGGAAAAAAAAUCCUGAUCAGAAAGCCUCUUUGCAGUCUGGGAGCACUAUAGGCUACUUGCCAUUAUUUCCUGACAGUGGCUAAUUUGUUACGGCAACCAAUAACGAAAUAAGUGAUACAAACAUUCAUUUGCAAUGACAGCAUUUUGAUUCACAAAUUGGGAAUUGCUGCUUAUCCAAAUCUUGUUUGUGAAAUAAGAAAUUCAAUUUUUUUUAUAUGACAAUAUUAACACAUACAAAAUAGCUUUACUUCAAUUUGAUUACACUGGUCUACUAUUCUGUGAUAAUCAAAAGCUCUGAUCAGGAUGGAGCAUUCUCAGUAAAGAACAAACACAAUAAUGUACCACAAUAUACCCUAUUAACACUCCCUGUAUGUUUAUAGGACUAGCAAAAUGUCGUCUUUAAAAGCUGCUGUGAAGGGCCAUCAAAAGACUCACAGAGAGAGGUCACAAGUAACUGGCCGCAAGCAUCUUGGUCUUUUGGAGAAGAGAAAGGAUUACGUAUUAAGGGCAAAGGAUUUUCACAGAAAGGAGAAAACAUUAAAAGCAUUAAAGAAAAAGGCUUCUGAAAAAAAUCCAGAUGAGUUUUACUUUCAGAUGAUCAAUAAAAAGACCAAAGAAGGAGUGCAUAUCAAAGAACGUACUAAUAUCAAAUAUACACAGGACCAGAUCAAGCUUUUAAAAACACAAGACAUAAAUUAUAUCAAUUUGAAAAAAAACACUGAAACAAAGAAAAUUGAAAAACUUCAAGCAAAUCUCCAUUUAACAGAAGAGGCAGAUUCGCAGAAAAGAACACACAUUUUUUUUGUGGACAGUAAGCAAGAAGUAAAGAAUUUUGAUGUUGCUAAGCAACUUAACACUGUGCCGGAAUUGCUUACAAGAACGCAUAACAUUCCCACUGUUGAUAUGCUGCAUCAAGCAAAUUUUUGUGAAAAUGAAAAUCAACAAUCAAGCUUGAAGAAAAAUGCCUACAAGGAGUUGCAGAAUCGUAUUGAAAGAGAAAAACAACUUAGUCAGGCAAGACAUGAAUUGUUUCUGCAACGACAGUUAAUGGGAAAGGGAACGGUUCGAAAAAAAAGAAAUAAUGAUGGUGGUACUACCUAUAAAUGGAAAAAAAUUCGUAAACGAUAAAAGUAUGGCGCUGUGAUAUAGUUAUAAUUGUUAAUUACCUAUAUUUUCAAUUAUUGCAAACAGACUUAUAAUUUAACCCUAUUUUUAUAAGCUGUGUAGUCUUAUUGAGUUUUCCAACCUGAAUACUUUAUAUUUAGACUUCGUCCAUUGUAUAAAAAACGUUUGAUUAUUUCAGGACUUACUUUUUCUCUGCAAAAAACGGAAAUUUUAGUUAUGAAGCAUAGAAUCAAAACAAACUUCUAAUUUGUGCCACAUUUUAUUAAAUUAUGGAUGGGGAACAUCAUUUGGAAAGUAUUGCCAAGUACAGAAUUUCUGAUUUAUUGUUAUGAAUUAUUUUAUCAGUUAAACAAUAUUAGAUAUAUAUUUAUAAGUUUAAAACAAUGUAUAUUUCAACCCCAUAAGGUAAGAACACGAAACAAGCAGAAGUGUAAGAAAGUCUAAUUUUAGGGACAACAAACACUUCUAUUGCAAUUUUUCACAUAUUCCGUAAAAGAGUUGAAUAAAAAAAAUUUAUUACAAAAAAAUGAAAGUUGUAAUAAGUUAGCUUCCCAGAACUUUUGUUUUAUUUCUGUACAGCACAUAUACAUUGCAGGUUUCUUUCAGGAGAAGUAGGGACAGCUUGUAUAUGUGCCUGUACUUACACUAAAAUUAUAAGGUGUGUUAUAGGUAGUGGACACAUAUACUUUAAAUACAUGACAUUGCGUUUAUGCAAAACGUGUCAAAAUUGUGUAUAAAAGUAUAUAAUGUAGUGAAUCAAUUUUACAAGGAUAAGGUGUAUUUGUUAACAAUAUUGAACAUAGUAAACACUAUUGAUAUACUUUAUUUGUAUACAAAUUAUUUUGUUAUUUCAUGUCUUAACUGGA